AGCAGGAAAUGCUCCAGUGUGGCUCCAUUGUGUGGGGCGAGUGUAGACAGCCAGAGGAGCAGCUGUGGGCUGAGGAAGGGAGACAGCAAUCCCAAUCCAGUCCUGGACCAGGAGCUGUCCUGUCAUCAGGACUGAGAGGAGACUGGCUGGACGAAGAAGCAAAGAGGCCUGGGAAAACAGAAGUGGGCCGUGGAGACUGGACCCUCUGUGAGGAGGCUUGAAAUUGUCCCCCCUCAGGGGCCUGGCAUUGCUGUGGGUGACGUCUGUGCUGCUGACAUGACCCCAGGGGACAGAAGGCCGUGGCUGCCUGCAGCUCUGCUCUUUCUGCAGGUCCCAGGCUGUUGGUGUCUGAGUGGCCCCACCUCCGUGACGGGCACCGUGGGGGGAUCCCUGAGCGUGCAGUGUCAGUACGAGGAGAAAUUCAGAGAGAUUGCCAAAUACUGGUGCAAGAGCCCAUGUUUGGGGGAUAUUGUGAAGAUUGAAAAGUCAGACAAAGAAGUGAGGAGCGGCCGGGUGUCCAUCAGGGACCAUCCCGCCAACCUCACCUUCACAGUGACCUUAGAGAACCUCACAGAAGGUGAUGCAGGAACAUACCGGUGUGGGAUCGAUACAUCAUGGCUCCCAGGAUAUAUGAUCGACCUCACCUUCCGUGUUGUGGUGUCUGUGACCCCAGGCCCCAGCUCCGUGAGGCCCACCAGCAUCCCAGGUCUUCACAGGACCCAGCCAGUCCCCACGUGGGACACUGCGACUCUGCAGGAGACCCCCAAUUCCAGCCAACAUCCUGGGUACAUAAAGAAGUGCUCAACAUCACUCAUUGUCAAGGAAAGGCGAAUCAAAACCACGAUGAGACAUCACCUCACACCUGUCAGAAUGGCUAUCACCAAAACAACAAGAGAGAGCAAGCAUUGGCGAGAAUGUGGAGGAAUGGAAACCCGUGUGAAGGAGUUGGUGAGUGGGUGCUCAGUAAGCAUUUGCAAGUAGAAGAACAGGGCACAGACCUGUACCUCAGCGAUUACUCUUCAGAGCUUGAGCUGGCAAGGCUGCAUGGGGAUACCAGCAGGGAUGCCCUGCCCCAUCUGUGCAAAACAGGGUGAGCUCCAACCCCUUUGCACAUCCCACCCUCCCAUGAGCCCUUCUGCUCUGAGCUCUCCCCUUGGUUGCCUUGCUAUCAGCCAAGACAGGGAGCUCAACUAUUUCCUUGACUUUGACACAAGAUUAUUCACACAAGGGUGGUGCACAUGGAGCAAACUUUCCCGAAGGAUUGACAUGAAGGAGAGAGGUUACAUCUCAGAGUCAGGGAAAGGAAAAAUUGAGAUUCAAACAGCCUUAUACUUUUAAAACCCAUUGGCCCUGUUCCUGAGUCCUGCUCCCAGCUGACUGCUAUCCUGGCAUCUCCACCUUCAAUCAGACCAACUCUCGACAAAACACAGAGACCUGAUUAAUAGUUCUCCCCAUCACAGUCUGUGUUUAUGAAAACUUCCCACAUAGUUUUGUUUUUAAUUUAUUUUUUAAAGAUUUAUUUAUUUGAGAGAGAGUAGAGGGAGAGGGAGAAAGAGAAUCCUCAAACAAACUCCCCACUGAGUGCCAAGCCCAAUGCGGGGCUCGAUCCCAGGACCCUGAGGUCUUGAAAUGAGCCGAAACCAAGAGUCAGCCACCUAACCGACCAAGCCACUCAGGGACCCUGACAUAUUUUUUAAAAAACGAGACCAAUCAUAUUAUUGGAAUUGUUAUUUUGUUGUUGUGGUUAUUGAGUUGUAUGAGCUCUUUAAUAUUUGGGAUAUUAACCCUUUAUCUGAUAUAUGAUUUGCAAAUAUUUCCUCCCAUUCUGUGGGUUAUCUUUUUAUUUUAUUUUAUUGAUUGUUUCUGUUGGCUAUGCACAAGUUUUUAAUUUGAUGCAGUCCUACUUGUUAAUUUUUGCUUUCAUUGCUUGUGCUUUUGGUGUCACAUCUAAAAAUUAUUGCCAAGACUAAUGUCAAGGAGCUUUUCCUCUGUUUUCUCCUAUAAGUGUCACAGUUUUGGGUCUUACGUUUAAGUCUUAAUUCAUUUUAAGUUAAUAUUUGUGCACUGUCCAGUUUCAUUCUUCUCCAGUUUUCCUAUCACCAUUUCUUGAAGGGACCAUACUUUCCCCCAUUGGCUAUUCUUGGGUCUCUUGUCAAAUAUUAGUUGACUUUAUAUGUGGGAGCUUAUUUGUAGGCUUUCAAUUCUGGUCUAUAUGUUUAUGUUUUUUUAAAGUUUUAUUUAUUUAAGUCAUCUCCACACCCAACAUGGGGCUUGAACUCACAACCCCAAGAUCAAGAGUCACAUGCUCUACCAACUGAGCCAGCCAGGCGCCCCUCAAUUCUGAUCUAUAUGUUUUUAUGCCAGUACCUUUUGAUUUCUAUUUGUAAUAUGAUUUGCAUCACUACAGGACUGAACCCUCCUCCUCCUCUCAGCCUUUUUGAAUGUGUCCCCAACCACAGGACCUCCAGAAGACCUCCUCCCUCCACAGCCUGGCCUGGAUACCAGGCCAGACACUCAUCUGUUUCCCAAAGCUGUUCUUUAAGAAUUUUAGCUACUGGGUUAUAAAUCAGGAUGCGAAUUAAAUUAUGUCAGGUUAAGGCUAGAAUUUGCCUUAUUACUAAUGAGGAAACCCAGUCCAUCAGCCUUCUCUCUCUCAGCUUUCUGCCCUGGGUUUAUUUUAUGCGACUUUUCAUCGAGCAUCUGAAGUUUUGCCCCGAACACUAACACAGAUCCCAGGAUUGUGUCCUCAGAGCUUCACACACUUUUUCUCACUUAAUUCUCGUAACAACUCUUCUGUUAUUCCCAUCAUAACCCAGUUUACAGAUACACAAACUGAGGCUCAGAAAAAUUCAGUAAGUUGUCCAUGCUCACACAGUUUGUGAGUGGUGCUCAGGGUUAGAGCCCAGGUCUGUCUGAUCCUCCAGCCCACACUUUUUUUUUUUUUAAUAUUUUAUUUCUUUAUUUGACACACAGAGAGAGACAGUGAGAGAGGGAACAC